UUGUCCGUAAUAAUAUUGUAUUUUACAUAAAAUAUUUUUAUUUAAAUACCAUUUAGAUUGCUUAUAUACGCUUAUACUGAAAUUCUUUAUUUCAAUCGUACUGUCUAGUUAGAACGAAAAUAGUAUGAUAAAUUGAAUGAAUACAGUUUAUUUUUAAAUUAACAAAUUAUUUACUGUUCCACAAAAUAUAUAUAUGAUUAUUUGUAUAAGUAGUCAACAUGGAAAUUUUCCUCGUUACAGGUAGCUUACUAUGGAAUAAAAAAAUCAUUGCGUAUCAUAUGUAAAGUUAUAUUUAAAUAUAAUUUAGAUUGUUAGUUCUUUUGCAACUAUAUCGAACUACUUCAGAUCGCUUGUUACGUCCAACCGCAAUAAACCAGAAAUUGCCGUCAAUCGAUGCCAAUUGAUAAAGCUAGUAAAUGGAGUUUGUAGCCUAAGAAACCGCUAGAAAACAAUUCAAUUAAAAUCAUUUGAACUGUAGAGAAGUGCGCAGCGCUAUGCGUAGGAUUUAGUUGACAACACGGUUAGAACGAUAGUGUAAUGCACAUGUAAACUUCUUAUUUUCAUUGUGAUUAAAUAAAAAUUAAGUGUUAAUAGAAUUUUAGAAUCUUCAAAUAAAUAAAUGAUAAAAAACUUUUAUGUGUAGUUUUCGUUUUUAGUUUUACUUGUAUGUAUCUAUAGAAUUUAAUAAAGUAGCUUUAGUGUACAAUACCUAUAAAUUAUAAAUGAUUUUCUAAAUGAAUGAAAUUCAAAGAAAACUUACAAUAAGAUACUGAAUCUAAGAUGCGCAUAUGAGCAUAGUAAAGAUAAUGUUUUAUUGCGAAUGAGGAAUAGUCGUGCGUUUGAAGACAAUAUGUGCCAUAAUCAUGAUUUUUACAAGAAUAUACAGAAUGUUACAAUGUGGUGACAGCAUCCGGCUUAAAUAAUGGAUAGCAGAAAGAUUACUAGUAACCCUAAUCCUCGAGAAAGGGCAAAUUUUCUUUCUGUGUUAACGUGGGCGUGGACUAUAAGAUUGUUUAAAAAAGGUUACAGCAAGAUUUUAGGAGUUGAAGAUUUAUAUGACCCAAUCAGUUCAGAUAGGUCAAAUGUGCUUGGUGAUCGACUUGAAAAACAAUGGUUUGCAGAAGUGGAAAAAGCUAAGCAAAAGAAACGUCAACCAAAUUUUCUACGUGCACUUUUUUGGACAUUUUCUUUGGAAUUUUUCACAGCAGGAUGUUACGUAAUUAUAGUGGAUUUCGUAUUAAGACUAGGUACACCAAAACUUCUUGGUGCAUUUCUAGAAUACUUCAAGCCAGAAUCAGAAAAUAAGAUAACUUAUGAAAUGGCAAUAUAUUAUGCUUUUGGUAUCGUGAUUGCAAAUCUGUUACUUCUUAUAGUAAUGGCUCAUAAUUUUUUUCUUGGAGCUCAUGUUGGUGCACAACUUAAAAUUGGCAUUUGUUCAGUAGUAUACAGAAAGGCCUUACGUUUGAGUAGCACAGCCUUGAGUGAAACAGCACCCGGUAAAAUCGUGAAUCUUGUAGCAAGCGAUGUUAACAGAUUCGGUUUAGUUUUUCUAUUUUUACAUUACAUGUGGUCGGCUCCAGUUUCAUCAUUUAUUAUACUUGCAUUUCUGUAUUCAGAAAUCGGGUGGUCAGCAUUAGUUGGGUUUAUUUUGAUGUUUUUAGAUGUACCGUUACAAAGCUAUAUGGGAAAAUUGUCUUCUAAAUUCCGAUUACAAACAUCACUUAAAACUGAUGAAAGAGUGCGUUUGAUGGAUGAAAUAAUUUCAGGUGUUCAAGUGAUAAAAAUGUAUGCUUGGGAGAAACCAUUCUGCGUUUUGAUUGAACUUGCAAGGCGUUUGGAAUUAAAAGUUGUUAGAAAAAGUGCCUAUAUCAAAGGUAUCUUCAUGACACUUUUUGUUUUCACAACGCGCAUGGCUCUUUUUGGAACGUUGAUAACCAUGAUGCUCAGAGGACAGGAACUCACAGCAGAGAAGGUUUUUGUGUACAUGUCCUACUUUAAUAUGAUGGCUAUAACGAUGUCUUAUAUGUUCGUACGUGGUAUUAGUGAAAUCUCUGAAUGUAAAGUUGCCCUCAAAAGAUUACAAAAUUUUCUUAUGUAUGAUGAAUUUAAAUUGGAAGAUAAGUGUGGUAGUAAUAAUGAAAUAAACAAUAAAGAUACCAAGAGCUCAGAACUAAGUUCAAUUCAAAACUAUUCCAGUGAAAUAACCCAUAUACAGCAUGGAAGAAAUAAAGAUGAAAAAUCUAUUAGUGAAAAUUGGUCAGUGAGAUUGAAACACGUAACAGCUAAAUGGAAUUUGAACUCAUCGGAAGCAAUCCUUAACGACAUUGACUUAGAAGUUGAUAAAGGCAAACUGUUCAUUGUGAUUGGCACUGUAGGUGCCGGUAAGAGUUCAUUAAUAGCCUCAGUUCUAGGUGAACUAAAACUAACUCAUGGCUAUAAAAUGAUCAAGGGUCGCGUUAGUUACGCUGAUCAAGAUGCCUGGGUAUUUGGUGCAAGUGUGAGACAAAACAUUACUUUUGGGCAAGAAUUUGACAAACAGAGAUAUCAGGAAGUUGUAAAUGUCUGCGCUCUACAACAAGAUCUCCAACAGUUACCACAAGGAGAUCAAACAAUCAUUGGCGAAAGAGGAAGUUCUUUAUCUGGAGGUCAGAAAGCCAGGAUAAACUUGGCAAGAGCCGUUUAUAGAGACGCAGAAAUUUAUUUGUUAGAUGAUCCACUUAGUGCAGUUGAUGCACAUGUCGGUAAACACUUAUUUCAAGACUGUAUCCAAAAAUAUUUAACCGGCAAGACGCGGAUCCUGGUAACUCAUCAACAUCAGUAUAUUAAGGCAGCAGAUGCUAUCAUUCUUUUAGAUCAAGGAAAAUUAUACCAAUUUGUUGACUUUAAUGAACUUUUGAGUACUCGUCAUGAAUACACUACUUUGAUUGCAGAGGAUAAAGUUAUAGAUAGAACUGACGGAAUAAUCAACAGCUCUCAUUUAGAUCGUAGGCUCUCUUCGUCAAGUGGAAAGAGCAGAGGAAGUGAAAGUAAAAUAGAAGUAGUCAAUCCAGAAUCGAGUUGUGAAGAAAAUAAUACAAAUAAUGAUAUUUAUGAAAACACAUCACGAGGUACUGUCAAGGGUAAUCUUUUGAUAAAUUAUAUAAAGUCUGGCGGACAUAGCAUCUUCGCACUAUUGGUACCUUUUCUCUUCUUAGCGACUCAGUUUUGUGUUAGCUUGAACGACUGGUUCAUUCCCGUACUUGUCAAUGCAGAAGAAUCACGUAAAUAUAUGAAUAAAACGAACACUGAUAGUGAGAAAAAUAUACUUUCAAGAGAUUACUAUAUGUACAUCUACACAGCAAUCGUCUUAUCAAUUUUGUUAAUUGGUCUCACUCGUUCACUGACGUUUUACACUAUUUGUUUACACUGCAGCCAGCGUCUUCAUGAUCUCGUAUUUAGUGCUUUGAUACGUGCACCUAUGCGAUUCUUCGAUACUAAUUCAAGCGGUAGAAUUCUCAAUAGAUUUUCCAAGGACCUAGGAUCUAUUGAUGAAUUGUUGCCCUUAACGUUACUUGAUGCAAGCCAAUGUAUAAUGGUUAUAACUGGAGCACUUAUCGUUACUUGCACAGUGAAUGUCCUGUUUUUAAUUCCAAUAUUGUUUAUUGGAUCAUUAUUUUAUUUUAUAAGGAAAAUUUAUUUAAGAACCAGUAAAAACAUGAAAAGAGUUGAAGGAAUAACACGAGCUCCCAUAUUUACACACUUGAACGCCACACUCAAUGGUAUCGCAACGAUAAGAGCUUAUCAAGCGCAAUCAAUACUUGAAAAAGAAUUCGAUAGAUUGCAAGAUGCGCAUAUUUCUGCUUGGUAUAUGUUUAAUUCAGCGAGUGUUGCUUUUGGCUUUUCCUUGGAUUUCUUUUGUUUUAUUUUCACGGGUUUAGUGGUCUUUAGUUUUCUUCUAUUGAAAGAUAAUUUCAGUGGUGGUACAGUGGGUUUGGCAAUAACUCAAGUAAUGUCAUUAAUGGGUUGGCUCCAGUGGGGAAUACGUCAAAGUGCUGAAGUCGCCAACGAGUUAAUGUCAGUUGAAAGAGUUAUUGAGUAUUCUCAGUUAGCACCGGAACCAAAUCUUCGUGACAAAGGGUUAGUUACUAAAAAUAAAAACAAGUAUAAGAAAGGAAAGGAAAAUGAAGUUCAGUUAACCGAACCACCAAAAGACUGGCCGAAUAAGGGUCGAAUUGAAUUUAAAAAUGUAUAUUUGCGUUAUGUUGAUAAAGAUCCGCCGGUUCUGACAGAUCUUACCUUAACAAUAGAACCAAGUGAAAAGGUGGGAAUAGUUGGAAGGACAGGAGCAGGAAAAUCAUCUCUUAUAUCAGCAUUCUUCAGGUUAACAAUAAUAGAAGGUAUUAUUAAAAUUGAUGGAAUUGAUACUAACAUCAUAGCUCUUGAAGAUCUCAGAAAACAAAUCUCCAUCAUUCCUCAAAAUCCUGUACUCUUUUCUGGAGCUUUACGUCGCAAUUUGGAUCCUUUCAAUGAGUUUUCUGAUGAGCAUCUGUGGAAAAUUUUAGAAGAGGUCGAGCUGAAGGAGACGGUACAAUCGACCGGGAAUGGUUUGGAUCAUCGAGUACAAGAUCGAGGCUUGAAUUACAGCACUGGGCAGCGACAAUUGAUUUGCUUAGCUCGAGCUAUUCUUCGUGAUAAUCGAAUAUUAAUGUUAGACGAGGCAACUGCCAACGUUGAUCCGCAAACUGAUGCUCUUAUUCAACGCACCAUCCGUACUAAAUUCGCAGCAUGUACAGUUUUAACUGUUGCUCAUCGGCUGAACACCAUUAUGGAUUGCGAUAAGGUUCUAGUCAUGGAUAAAGGACUAGUUGUGGAAUUUGAUCAUCCAUAUUUACUGCUUAAAAAUGAAAAAAGCUCGUUUUCAUCGUUAGUUAAAGAAACUGGUCAUGCCAUGUAUAAACAACUAAAACAAGUGGCACAUGAUGCUUACUUCGAUAAGUAUAGUAGUCGACUAUAAUGGUAAAAACAAAUAUUAGCAGAGUAAAAUAUUAAAUUAAAUGUUUAUGUGUCUCUUAGCAACAAGUAACAAUUAUCAUACUGCGAUACCGUAUGAUUUCUUUAAUUAUUUUUCUACCUUUAAAAACUAUUUUUUGUUUUUUAUUAAUCUAGAUUAUCAUGUAUGGAUUUUCGUUAUUAUGAAUCAAAUAAAAUUUUCUAAAUAUAAUUUGUCUUAUUAAAUCUGAUCGUUCUACUACGACUGACAAUUUACCAACACUAUCAUCAGACUAAUGAUUUUUGUAGAUUUUAUCACCACCGGAGUAAGAACGUUAUUGAGGCUUUGAAAUGGUCAAUGUAAAUGAUUAUUUGUAAUAAAUUACAUAUCAAUAGGCACAAUCUGAAAUCAUAAAAAAAUAUAAACUGUUUUAGUUUUUCUCAUAUUUUAUGUGAAAUUUUUUUGAAAUUAUGUUCUCUUGUGACACGUGAGUGUGACUCGCUAACAUUAAUAGCAUCUAUCAUUCUCAAAUAUUUCAUUAAAAUUGGUACUCUUUUAAUAUUCUUUAACAACUAUUAAUCAAUCAUUCUUUGUUUGAUAUGAUGACAAAAAUGUUAUUUGCAUUUUACGCAAAGAGUUUGCUAUCAUUCAAACUGAUUGCUUAAUUAAUAGUUGCAAGAGAGAUAGCGAUAUAGAAUAUGUUUAAUUAUAGCUGUGCUAUUGUUUCAUAACAAUGCAUUUAAAAGAUAUAUCUCAUAGGUUUAAAAUCAAUUUCAAUAAUUGAUUGAGUGUUCU